AUGGCAACCAGAGCUAAGCCACUGUACGAUAAUUGCAUGAUGCAAGCCCCAGACGGAGAAGUGCUAUCAACCUGUGACCGCAAAAAAGCCGAAUGGUACGUGCGAAAGGAAUUGGCUGAAAUUGUGCCGGAUCAGCCGAACUACACGAUUCGGUUGAAAUUCGAACCCAAGGGAAGAUCUGUCGGUGAUGUUGGCCAGUACUACCAGAUGGCUAAAGAGAAUCGGUGCGUCGUUUGCGGAGAAAAGAAUUCCUUCAUCAGAAAGAACGUUGUUCCCAGGGAUUAUCGCAAGCACUUUCCAUUGGUUAUGAAAGAGCACAAUUCCCAUGAUGUUCUGUUGCUUUGCGCCCCAUGUCACCGGACCAGUAAUAUGAGUGACGACAACAUGCGACUCAAGUUGGCUGCCAUUUGCUCGGCUCCGUAUACAUCGAAAGAGAAUCCUAAGGAAGUACGAGUAGAAUCGAUGAAAGACCUGCGAAAAAUAGCUAAAGCCCUACUGUUUGGUACUCAGAUCCCAGAAGAAAGACGACGCAGUCUCGAGGGACGGAUGCGUAAGCUGUUACCCUUGGGAACGGAAAUAACCGAAAAUUUGCUAAACAUCUAUGCCAAUAUAAGCACCUGCGUCCCGAACGGAGAUUACUUUUCACAAGGCCAGAAGGUCGCCGAUUAUUACCGAAUACAACCCGGUGGUCUGAGCGAGCUGGAGAGAAUGUGGCGAGAGCAUUUUCUGCGCACGAUGAAGCCAAAAUUUCUACCAGAGCUUUGGUCUGUUGAGCACAACUACAAAAGAUUGGAAAUUAACACCCUUAUUCUUGUUUACGACUUUAGUGAAUUUUCAGUUGGUCGGAUCCGUCAUCCGUAUGAAACGGAAUACUCAAGUUUCAAUACCGAUCCAGUUGGACCGCGGCUAGCCGGUCUCCAAAUCCCGGUCAGUCGAAUUGAUCUCCUUAGAAAAGCCAACUUUGGCGAACGAUUCGGAACAGGUGCCCCAAUAUUUUUUUCUGCUAUCUUGAAUUAUCUUUCGGCUAAAGUGCUACAGUUCAAAGGAAACGGGAGGACAAAAGUCGUUCGUCAAUUGAAGUUAGCCGUUCAGAAUGAUGUGGAGCUGAACAAGCUCCUGCCGGCUAGACCGGAUCGGAGAAACUAG